GGUGGCCAAGAGUAUCUGUAUUGUGCGAGGAGCCGCCGCCAGGUGAUUAUAGGCUACUCUUCUGACUUUCAGCUUUCUCCUCCUCUCGCGACCGAACCCCGAUCAGUUGUCAAGAAUCUCCCCGCCAUGAGCUCUCAAGACGACGGGCUCUACGCCCAUUCUCCCAACAAUACUGGGUAUGGCCACGAUGCCGAAAAAUUCAGCAACGGCGAGGGCAACUUCGAAAAUGCCCGUCACAUUUCUAUGAUUGCUAUCGGUGGCGCGCUCGGUACAGGUCUCAUCAUUGGUACCGGCAAGGCUCUCGCUCAAGCUGGACCUGGUUCAUUGCUCAUUUCGUACUGUUUCGUCGGACUUCUCGUCUUCGGUGUUAUGGCAUCUCUGGGAGAAAUGGCGGCUUGGCUACCCAUGAGUGCUGGAUUUACGGGCUACGCGACGCGAUACUGCCAUCCAUCUUUGGGAUUUGCUCUUGGCUGGACAUACUGGUUCAAGUACAUCAUCACUACUCCGAAUCAGUUGACAGCUGCCGCAUUGGUCAUUCAGUUCUGGUUACCUCGAGACAAGGUCAAUCCAGGCGUCUGGAUUGCCAUCUUCUUAGUCAUUAUCAUCGUUGUCAAUUACCUAGGAAUUGAACUCUUUGGCGAGCUGGAAUUUUGGCUGUCAUCUUUCAAGGUCAUUAUCAUCGUCGGCAUCAUCAUCUUCGCUCUCGUCAUUGCUUGCGGAGGCGGCCCCGGUGGCGAUGCUCCUGGCUUCCGAUACUGGCACAAUCCCGGCGCAUUUGCUGAAUUGUAUGCCGAGGGUCCUUUGGGCAAAUUCCUCGGCUUCUGGUCUGUCAUGGUCAACGCAACUUUUGCUUACCUUGGAACCGAGCUGGUUGGUGUUACUGCUGGUGAAGCCCAGAACCCUCGACGAAGCAUUCCUAAGGCCAUCAAGCUUACUUUCUUCCGUAUCCUCUUCUUCUACUGCCUCAGCAUCUUCCUCAUCGGCAUGAUCGUUCCCUAUAACAGCCCGGAUCUCGCCUUCGCCAACAAGCAGUCUACAAGUGCCAACGCCUCGCCUUUCGUUGUCGCGGCCACUGUCGCCGGUGUCAAGAUCCUGCCUCACAUCAUCAAUGCUUGCAUCCUGGUCUUUGUCUUUUCCGCCUCCAACUCUGAUCUGUACAUUGCGAGCCGAACCCUCUACGGCCUUGCGUCAGAUAAUGCAGCCCCAGCUAUUUUCAAGAAGACGAAUAAGCGCGGCGUGCCCUACCCGGCGCUUGCCCUCUCUGCAACGAUUUCGUGUCUUGCAUUCAUGAACGCUUCUACCAACAGCACGGUGGUCUUUGGCUACUUCGUUAACCUUGUUACCAUCUUUGGUAUUUUGACUUGGAUUUCCAUCCUUGUCACCUACCUCUUCUUCCUGCGCGCUCGCCGCGCCCAGAACAUCCCCGAUAGUGCCAUGCCUUAUGUCGCCCCUCAAGGAUUUUGGGGUACCGUCGUCUGCCUGGCCUUUGUCAUUCUUAUCAGCUUGACAAAGAACUUCAACGUCUUCAUCCGCACUAAGGACUCCGAUUUUGAUUAUAAGAACUUCAUUACAGGAUACCUUGGAAUUCCUCUCUACAUUACCAUGCUCUUCGGGCACAUGCUCCUCACCGGCAGUCGAGGCGUUAAGCCUCACGAGGCCGACUUUUACACCGGAAAAGACAUCAUCGAUUCACAGGAGGCGGACUACCUGGAGCAAGAACAGAUUAAAAACGCAGACAGCCAGGGCGCGCGUAAGUUUUACAACCGUUAUGUUGCGUGGCUUUUCUAAAAGCCGUACUGGAGUUAUGAAUGGUCCUGUUGCUUUGAGAGAUGGGCGAGUUUGGGACUGUGAUAGACUGGGCUGGUUCUCCGUUUUUACAAUUAUGAAUACAAGGCAUAUGAUAUGGUAUACCUUAUGCUACGAAAUAUUGUCAAUAUUAUGAUUAGAUGCGUAUAGAUUCACAUUGAAUACCCUAGUGGCUCUUUAAGAGACUUGCGAGGCACAGCUUCUCCAUGGUAGACAAAUCGGAAGCGACAUAUUCAGAAUCACAAAUGUUUCAUCAUCAUCUAGCGUAUUCUAAAAUAUCUGCUAUGCAAAUGCGUUUCUGCAAAAUGAGAAGAAUAAAAACAAGACAAAAAGAGAAACGCCACCAACUCACACACAUUCGUUCAAAAGAACGCCCCGUCGUGUGUUACAUAAAGAAAGGGAAAGAAAUUCCACACAGGCCGUAAAAACAUAUGCAUGCAGGAAGACAGAUGGCUACACAAACCAAGCCUCCUCCCUUCUGCUUCCCUUCUACCGCAAAAAUUCCAACAUUUCGUCGGGAUGUGUGUGUGCUUUCCCUUCCUGUCAUAGAAUAUAUAUAAAAGGGGGUAUAAUUCAAGAAGAAAUGAUAAUAGCACCAUGUUUUAUCGUAGCCCGCUGAGAGCUUUGUAUAAUUUUUUUUCUUUCGAUCUUUUUUUUCCAACUACGUUUGUCAAAUUCGUUCAACCUUCGAUGGGUCUUAGACAAUGCCUUUUUUAGACACCUCUGAAUAGACGGACGAUGAGGAACCACAUGGCUCCCAAGAAUUUGAAGCUGCUCAGGGCUGCCACACUCCAGAGGACGACAGCCAUGUAAAUGUUGGAUCGCUCUGUUUGCUGGUUCUCAAUAUCCUGCUCGUUACCAGGCGUGAUCCUCUCCAGGCCAGCAGAGCUCAAAACCACGGCUGCAAGAGCAAAGUUGGAAAUCAUCCAGAUCAGCACGACACCAGUUCGUACACCUCUGUAGUAGUCCAUCUGCUUCUCUUGCAGCUGAGCUUCUGUGGGCUCUGACUUGACUUCCUUGAAUUUGACGCUGAAGACGGAGACUUCUCGCUGAUACUGGGCAUU